AUAAAGAAGAUCAUCAUGCCACGAAAUAUCCCACUCAGAUGCAAACCUAAAUUACAGAGCAAGGUUUGCUCGAUACAAAGUCGCAAAAGUGGAACAAUUAAACACAAAAAUGAUAAAAGGAACCUUCAUUCAAAUACCUCGAACGAUAGGAAACCCCGUCCCGGUUCUUGUCAUUCGCUUCUUCUUUAUACAGCUUUGCACUCUCUCUCUCUCCCUCUCUCCCUGUGACAGCAACGUAUAGUAGAAAGCUCGUCAUCCCCCCACCGUCAAUUGCCUAGACUCAAAACCCCAAACCAAAAAACAAAAAGGGUCAAAUCUCUACCUAUUAUCCCCUUCACCAACGUUCGCCUACGCCACAAUCCGCAGGACCUAUCCUCUGAUCCGGAAGCCAUUGAAGGACCUAGAAAGGGAAAGUGCAAGAAAAAAAAAAAAAAAAAAAAAACAGAGCAAACCAAAAGCGGAGCACAUCGCCGGCUCUUCUGUUUUAGAAUCAGCAUUGAAAUUGAAGGCCUUUGUGGUGUCAUGAUCACAUGCUCCCGGGCCUACCAUAAGCAACACCAUGAUGAACUCCGCCAACGGCAUGAUGUCAGCGUCGUCUUCAUCGGCCACAACACAAUCGCCUGCCCUAAAGACCUAUUUUAAAACCCCCGAAGGUCGGUACAAGCUCCACUACGAGAAGACCCACCCCUCCGGUCUCCUUCAUUAUGCCCAUGGAAAAACCGUGACUCAGGUAACUCUAGCACAUCUAAAGGACAAGCAGGGCCCAUCAACCCCACCAGCCCCUCCUUCAAGCUUCAGUGCUAGCAGUGGAGUGCGAUCAGCUGCAGCAAGGUUAUUGGGUGGAAGUAAUGGGAGCCGUGCCCUUAGCUUUGUUGGAGGGAAUGGUGGCAGUAAGAGUAUUAGUGGGAAUGGUAGGGUUGGAUCUUUGGGGUCUUCAAGUUCGAGUAAUUCAAUGGCUACUACGAAUUUUGAUGGGAAAGGGACAUACUUGGUCUUCAAUGUGGGGGAUGCUAUCCUUAUAAGUGAUUUGAAUUCUCAAGACAAGGAUCCGAUAAAGUCUAUUCAUUUCAGUAAUUCAAAUCCCGUGUGCCAUGCAUUUGAUCAGGAUGCGAGGGAUGGGCAUGAUUUGCUUAUUGGGUUAAAUUCUGGCGAUGUGUACUCUGUGUCACUGAGACAGCAAUUACAGGAUGUUGGAAAGAAGCUUGUUGGGGCUCAGCAUUAUAACAAAGAUGGUUCUGUUAAUAACAGUCGUUGCACUAGUGUUGCAUGGGUACCUGGAGGUGAUGGUUCUUUUGUUGUUGCUCAUGCUGAUGGGAAUUUGUACGUGUAUGAAAAGAGCAAAGAUGGUGCAGGUGAUUCUUCAUUCCCUGUUGUUAGAGAUCAGAUGCAAUUUUCUGUUGCACAUGCUCGUUACAGUAAGAGCAACCCGGUUGCCAGAUGGCAUAUAUGCCAAGGUUCAAUUAAUAGCAUUGCUUUCUCAACUGAUGGUGCCUAUCUGGCAACUGUGGGAAGAGAUGGUUAUCUACGAAUUUUUGAUUACGCAAAAGAACACCUCGUAUGUGGUGGCAAAAGUUAUUAUGGUGCUCUAUUAUGUUGUGCUUGGAGCAUGGAUGGAAAAUAUAUUCUUACGGGAGGCGAAGAUGAUUUAGUUCAAGUUUGGAGCAUGGAAGAUCGGAAAGUUGUAGCAUGGGGCGAGGGGCAUAAUUCGUGGGUCAGUGGAGUGGCAUUUGAUUCAUAUUGGUCGUCUCCAAAUUCAGAAGGCACGGGGGAAACUAUCAUGUACCGGUUUGGUUCUGUUGGUCAGGACACGCAAUUGCUUCUGUGGGAUCUGGAAAUGGAUGAAAUUGUAGUGCCAUUGCGGCGAUGCCCGCCUGGUGGGUCCCCUACAUACAGUACUGGAAGCCAGUCAUCCCAUUGGGACAAUGCUUCCCCAGUGGGUACUCUGCAACCUGCUCCAAGCAUGCGAGAUGUUCCAAAGAUCUCCUCGCUUGUUGCUCAUCGUGUUCACACUGAACCACUCUCUGGCUUGAUAUUUACGCAGGAAUCUGUUCUUACCGUGUCUCGAGAAGGGCACAUAAAGAUUUGGAUGAGACCAGGUGUGGGAGAAAGCCAGUCAAACAACCCUGAAACCUCCUUGAGUACCAGCAUGAAGGAGAAACCUUUAUUCGCAAACAAGAUUGUCAGUUCUAGUUACAAGCUAUGACCAAACUGUCAUCAGAAGGAAAAACAAAGUUAUUUUCUCUUUUCAUCGGGCCAUCGCCUUUUCAUCCAGUUGGUUUUGGUAUGUAAACAAAUACUGACUGGACUGAGAAUAACCAACUGGUUCUAUUGUAUAUUCAGGUAUAAAGAUGAUGCCCCAAAUGGCACGAAAGAGGUCUGGAGAGACACGAGCCACUUUGUAAGUACAAAACGGCCAUUAGUAAGGAUAUAUAUAUCAAAUGAUUGGCCGGAAUAACUUGAAGUUGCUUCUUAGAGAUUAUAUUCUUCCCAGCACUGCUUUCAACCGAUUUGUCCUGUUUGUCAUACUUUGUCACAAUUACAUAAAAGACUUAUUUUUCUGUUCUUUA